AUGGGGAAUAUUUUGGUGCAGGAGGAUUUAAAGGUCAGUUCUUUCAUAGUGAAUAAUUCUUGGAACUUCUCUACUGCAGCUGGAACGGUUCCGGUUUUGAUUCAGGCGUCUACUUGGACUGGACUAAGUGGAUUUGGUCGAAAAUUAUCCCUCAUUCGAAGUCGUUCAUGCCUGUCUUCAGCGGCAGAAGAAACUACUUGGCAUUUAUUUUUUGAGUGCCAGUAUGCUAAGAUUCUUUGGAAGUGGUUGGAGAAUGCUUUAAAUAUUAGCUCCUCUCUCUCAAAUUGGGAUGAUAUUUGGCAGGUCUACAAGAGGAAUUGGUCGGAUCAGUGCAAAUUAAUUUUCAAUGUUUCGGGAAUUUUCUCCUCCUUUCCAGGUGUCCUGGCAAAUCCGAUCCAAAUGGAUUAA